UGUCAUUGUACGAUAUGUUGCUUUUAAAAGUGUAGUCUCUACAAGGCUGAGUCACUCCUGGAGAGUAAGAACAGACACAGAGAUCAAAAAAGAGAGCGAGAGAGGGGGGCACUAGAGCUGAUCAUCCGCAGAGGAGCGAUUCUUUGAGCUCGGGGCUCACAAGGGAGCAGAAAUGAGCGAUAUUACUGUUGUUAAGGAAGGCUGGCUGCACAAGAGAGGAGAGUAUCUCAGAAACUGGAGACUGAGAUACUUCCUCCUGAAAACUGACGGCUCUUUCACAGGCUACAAGGAAAAGCCCCGAGCUGCUGACCUGCCAUACCCCUUGAACAACUUCUCAGUGGCAAAGUGCCGGUUAAUGAAAACAGAACGACCAAAGCCAAACACGUUCAUCGUGCGGUGGACCGCUGUCCUAGAAAGGACUUUUCAUGCCUGCACUGCGGAGGAAAGGGAGGAGUGGACAGAGGCUAUCCAGACGGUAGCAGACAGUCUCCAGAGACAGGAAGACGAGAGGAUGAAAUGCAGUCCCACCUCCCAGACAGACCGCAUCGGAGAGGAGGGGAGGGACACUUCCACUGGCCUGCACAAACAGAAGACAUUGAAUGAUUUUGACUGCUUAAAAUUACUGGGAAAAGGCACUUUCGGUAAAGUCUUUCUCGUCAGGGAGAAGGCAAGCAGUAAACAUUACGCAAUGAAGAUUCUGAAGAAAGAAGUCAUUAUUGCAAAGGGUGAAGUGGCUCAUACAAUUACAGAGAACAGAGUGCUAAAAAAUACUAGGCACCCAUUUUUGACUUUUUUGACGUAUUCUUUCCAAACUAAGGAUCGGUUGUGCUUCGUGAUGGAGUAUGUCAGCGGAGGCGAGAUUCUGGAAGAGAAGGACUAUGGGCGCGCGGUGGACUGGUGGAGCUUCGGCAUCAUCAUGUUUGAAAUGAUGUGUGGACGACUUCCCUUCUAUAACGAGGACCUCAAGAAGCUCUUCCAGCUUAUUCUUAUGGGAGACAUAAAAUUCCCCAGUGCCCUCUCUUCUGAUGCAAAAUCUCUACUUUCCGGGCUCCUCACAAGAGAUCCGAAUACGAGACUUGCCAGUGGGCUGGACGAUGCAAAAGAAAUCAUGCGGCACAGUUUUUUUGUUGGAAUCCACUGGCAAGAUGUGUACGACAAAAAGCUUAUACCUCCUUUUAAGCCUGAGGUGUCCUCCGAGACAGACACAAGGUAUUUUGAGGAAGAAUUUACAGCUCAGACGAUUGCAAUAACUCCUCCGGAAAAAUCUGAUCACUGGAUACAGCUCCUCCGCGUUCCCAGCGGAUCCUAG